ACUUGGCGGAGAUGGGGCUGCUUGUCGCUUUCAUUCUAGGCAAAACGAGAGGGAAAGAAAGUGACGCCUGUUGUGAUUGGCUGGGGAAGGUGGCGGCUAUCGCCGGUUUUCAAGAGACCGAGGAAGCGCGGGGGUGCCUGUCAGGGAUCUCGGGUUGUCCCUCCCCCACCUUUCCGUUAGUGCCAGUGAGGCGGGGAACGGCGGUUGGGGGGGCACGCGCCAAACGGCUGCGUUGAUGGGGCUGUGCUUUGAGUGCCGCUCGCCCCGCACUGGCAGAGAAGAGGGGAAGGGAAAUUAGGAUUGUUCAGUACCUGGAGGACGCCCACCUGUGCAGGGGGGAGGAAGACGGGGCACCGAAAAGCACCCAACAUUCACAGCAACAGUAACUUUUCCCUCCGCCUUGAAACCAGGCAGACCCACCACGCCACAUUCACUGUCUGUUCGCCCUGCUUAUCCCUAUAUAAUUCCUCCAGUGGUCCCAAAGCGACCCCUGCUUCUCUCAUAAGCCUCUAGAGGCACACCUUUUCCCCUAGGGUGCCUCAGCCACUGGCUGCGGUCCUUCCCCUCUCUGGGUGCCACCGCUGCAGCCGCUGUUGCUGCCCCUCCCCUGGCCAGGUCCAUGGCACACCCGCAGCAGCGCGACACCUGCUCACACUGUGAACUGGACGCUGGGGACUGUGGAGAAAUGAGUCUCAGGAAAGUGGCUCUCAUCACGGGCAUCACCGGCCAGGAUGGCUCAUACUUGGCAGAGUUCCUGCUGGAAAAGGGCUACGAGGUGCAUGGAAUUGUCCGUAGAUCCAGCUCUUUUAACACUGGACGGAUUGAACAUCUCUACAAGAAUCCACAAGCUCACAUAGAAGGAAACAUGAAGCUGCAUUAUGGAGAUCUCACAGAUAGUACGUGUCUGGUGAAGAUAAUUAAUCAAGUAAAGCCUACAGAAAUUUACAAUCUUGGAGCCCAAAGCCAUGUCAAGAUAUCUUUUGAUUUAGCAGAAUAUACAGCUGACGUAGAUGGAAUUGGUACUUUACGUCUCUUAGAUGCUAUCAAGACCUGUGGUCUUAUUACCUCUGUGAAGUUCUACCAAGCCUCAACUAGUGAACUUUUUGGAAAAGUGCAAGAAAUACCACAAAAAGAGACUACUCCUUUUUAUCCCAGAUCACCAUAUGGGGCAGCCAAACUGUAUGCUUAUUGGAUUGUAGUCAACUUCAGGGAGGCCUACAAUCUCUUCGCUGUGAAUGGUAUUCUCUUCAACCAUGAAAGUCCCAGGAGAGGGGCUAACUUUGUAACUCGGAAAAUUAGCCGUUCGGUUGCUAAGAUCCACCUUGGGCAACUGGAAUUUUUCAGCUUGGGCAAUUUGGAUGCCAAAAGGGACUGGGGUCAUGCCAGGGACUACGUUGAGGCUAUGUGGCUGAUGUUGCAAGUGGAUGAACCAGAAGACUUUGUGAUAGCCACUGGGGAGGUCCACAGUGUUCGUGAAUUUGUGGAGAAGGCAUUUGAGCAUAUUGGAAAAACCAUUGAGUGGGAAGGCAAGAACGAAAAUGAAAUAGGUCGAUGCAAAGAAACUGGGAAGAUCCAUGUGACUGUUAAUCUCAAAUACUACAGACCAACUGAAGUGGAUUUUCUUCAAGGCGACUGCACGAAAGCAAAACAGAAACUCAACUGGAAACCCAGAGUCACUUUUGAUAAACUGGUGAAGGAGAUGGUGGAGGCAGACAUAGAGCUUAUGAGGAACAACCCCAAUGCAUGAACCUUCUCCAGCUCCUUUCGUGGAGCAGUCACGGCAGAAGCGCCAACGACAAGUCCGGAUUCUAAACGUCAAAGAUGCCAUUGGCAAGGGUGGGGAGUACAAUCAUUUCAGUGGGUAUCGGAUGAUUUGCAGCCCUUUUAUUUUUCUGUGCUCAACAGAUCGAUUUUUUCUUCCCAAAUCUAAAUCAUGCAUUAGACUUUACACUCCUUGUAGAAGUAGACUGAAGUGAUGGUGCUGUUUCUCCUAAUCAGAAAGACAAGAAAGUCUGAAUUAUGUACACAUUUGGACACUAGCCAUUCCAGUUCCUUUUCUUCUGAUAUUAAAGAUACCUUUCCAUAA